AUGAAAUAUAAAUGUAAGUUUAGUGACGACUGUGUUAUCGACAAAACGUAUCGCAAAUUAUGCAGAAAGUGUCGGCUCAAGAAGUGCUUCGCUGUGGGCAUGAAAAAGGAAUGGAUUCUUAAUGAAGAGGAGAAGGAAUGGCGAAGACAUACAAUUGAGACAAACAGACAGCUGAGGAGAAAUGGUUUAAAAAACACGACUUAUGAUAAUUCAGUUACGAGUACUUCAUCUGAUGUGUCAAACGCCGAGACAAUUGACAAUACAGUGGAUAAUACCUCAAUAGAUGAUGAGAUCAGUAGAUGUAUUACACAAAUGGCAAACAAUGAUCCAAACGAGAUAACAGAUGUCAUAGAUGUAAACGCUAUAUGUGUCACAUCUCCAGACAAUGUGUCCAUUUUCACUGAUUUAAAUCAAAUACAAAACACGUGUAUCAGUGAUAACACCUCGCUAUUGAGCUACCGACAGCUGUAUAAGUCGCGGUUAUUACGAUAG